CCGUUGAGAAGAAAAGUCAUGAUUUUUAGACUAGGAUAUUUUUUGUUCUCUUUUCAAAGGCUGUUUAAACAACUUAUUUUAAAUAAAAUAUCGGUGUAUUGUCUUAAACCAAUAAUUUGACCAUGAGGAAGAAAAAUCAAGUUCCAGCAAGAUCAGGUGAGAAGAAUGUUUUGGGGGCGGAUUCUGAUAUUGGGCGUGUAAGGAAAAGAAAGAUAAAUGUUGGAAAGGAUAAAAGUGCAGUGUUGCGCUCUGCAAACAAAAAUAAGUCUGAUUCUGCUGUUGAGGACAGUUCUCAAGAUGAGACAAAUGACUACACAGAUAAAAACAGUCAAGAAUCAAAGAAAGAUGCUGAAAAUACUCAAAAGGGUGUGAUAGGAAAUCUUAAAACUGAAGAUGAUUUCUCUGAUGAUGACAUAGAUGAAUUGAACGAAGUAGUUACUAGUGAUUCAGAUUCUCUUGAUCAUGAAAUGGAAAAUGACAUUGAAAAACAACGAAAACACAAAAGAACAAAGAUUUUUAGCAAAAGGGGCAUGAGAGAACCAACUUGCAACUACUGUAACAGCCUUUUUAGCUCAAAAGCAGAAUUGAAAACUCAUACCCUCACUGAGCACAAAGACAGAAAGAUGUACAAGUGUUUGUACUGUCCAAAAGAAUAUAGAGGUUCUUGCUCUCGAGGCAAACAUAUCAUGACGGUGCAUUUUAAAGAAUAUCGCUUUCAGUGUCAUGUUUGUGGAGAGAGGUUUCUAAACGAAUCGCGCUUAAAACAGCAUAUUUAUUGUUACCAUACCAGUGUUAAAGACAAGAAGCAGUUUCCAUGUAGGAUAUGUGGAAAAGUCUUCUAUUCCAAGGCCCACAACAAAAUGCAUGAAUAUUUGCAUGUCGGUGAAAAGAAAGUACCAUGCACUGUUGAGGGAUGUGGAAAAUUGUUUAGGACGAAGAAUCAGUUGCAGAAGCACUUGCCUGUGCACAGUGAUGUAAAGCCGUUCAUCUGUCAGGAUUGUGGCAAGGCAUUUAGGAAGAAACAUGGACUUCACAAUCACUCGCUGUCACACAAAGGCAUAAAGUUUCAAUGCUUGGAGUGCCAAAAGGUGUUUAGUACAAAAGGAAAUCUCAGGGUUCACAUGAAAGUGCACGAGGGUGUACAGUUCACGUGUGAAGUCUGUAGCAAAACGUUCAACUUUAAGUCCAACUACAAUUUCCAUAUGAAGCAGCAUUUUGGAAAAGAGGAGGGAACACCGGACGAAAAAAGUGGCAGAAAACUGGAGAAGAAAAUGAAGGAGGCUGGAACCAAAAGAACUAAGACAAAAUAUACGCAAUUCAGCAGCACGUCCUUGGAGAUGGAAAGUAAAAUGAUGUGUAAUGAAUCAGAUACAGAGAUUCAGAAUCAAAAUGUAGGUAAGAUAACUCCUCCAAGUGAUGACGUGAAGGAACACACACAAGAGGAAGCUGAAGACAUAAGUGCGUCUUCGACAGAUGUGUCAACACAGGUCAGAAAUUACAACAAAGGCAUCAUUGGUAGAAGCACUUUUGCAGAAGUUUCUGGAACCAAAAAAUAUAUUGUUUUAAAUACAAAUGAGAUGGCAACAAGAUUAAUUUGUAAGAUGGCACACAAUGAUUACGAGUCCUCCAAUGAGAAAUCUCCCUUGCAGCCAUCAACCCAAGAUGAUACUGCUAACACCUGCGCAAAUGACUCAAAAAAUGCACAUGAGAUCAGUCCUACAAGUAAAGGCAUGGAUCUGGAAACUGCAGCAUAUAACUCAGAGCUGAAGGAUGAGCCUGUGGAACAGGAAGUUGAGGGUGUAACCAUACAACCUGAGGAGUUCUUGAUCAACUGCAAAAGACCAGUGGCAGUCCUUGAAAAGGCAAAUGAAGCUCUGGACAAGACAAAUGACCUGACAGAAGAAGAUAUUGAGAAGAUUGUAUAUCAAGCACAUAAAUGAUGCCAGGGAUGCUAUCAUUCAGGUCAUGUGGAAAGGACUAGUUGAAAACCGUAUAUUGCUAUUUUUUCUAAGAUAGAAUUUUAGACUGCAACAAUAGCCGCAGUAUUUAGGUAACCAUGAAUUAAAGUAUCUUUAAUGAUGGCAAUGGCGCAGUUAGCUACUGUGUUUCUUAGAUUUCAGUAUCAUUCAGCAUGUGAGGGAACUGACCAUCAGGGCAAUCAGGAACAAGCUUGUAAUUAAUUGUAUUAUAUUGUGUUUGUAAACUGCUAAAUAAGACAAAAAAUAUCAACUUGUCACAAACAAAUUACCUGAAUUUGAAACAUUUAUUUGCAUGCAAAAUAAGUUUUCUUGAAAAUGUGUGCAUAUCUUAACAUGACAUUUAACUUAUUUAAUGACAAGCCACAGUCCUGUAUUGUUCAACACUUUGAUUAUUGUUAUCUAAUUCUUAGAACUUCAGCUUGAAACAUUCUUUGCUUUUAAGGUUUACAACCAAGAAAUUGUUAUUUGAAUCAACAAUGCUUUAAUCAAUUUGUUAUUUACAGUUAAUUAUUAUAUUGAACAAUACAACCUAGUGACAAAAUCA